CAGGUGACAGCAACUUUUUAAGGUUAUGUUAUGCUGGACUUGUAUACAUUUUUGAACGAAAAAGUAACCCAAAUUUGGAGGAUAACAGUAAAAAUAUAAACUUCAAUAAUGAAUUUUCUAGCUACAUCAAUCUCCCGGAACAUAUAUUUAACAACAAGGCGCAUCCUAUUACCAACAACAAGGCAAUCUUCGUCAAUAACUGAGGAUGAUUCUCCCGUGGAAAUGGAAAACCCUUUUAAAAAGGAAAGACGUCAAUGUAUUUUGUGCAAGCACAAUAUAACGCCGGAUUACAAAAACUAUAGACUAUUGUCUCAGUUUCAAAGUCCGUACACAGGAAGAAUCUACGGGAGACACAUAACUGGCCUUUGUAAAAAGAAGCAAGAACUUGUCGAAACUGAAAUUAAGAAAGCACAAAAUUGUGCAUACAUGCCUUAUUUCUAUAAAGACAAAAUGUUCCUUAAAGAUCCUAAGCUUUUCGAUCCCGAAAAUCCAGUUCGGUCGCAUAGAUUCUAAAUUUAGU